AUGGUUCAAACACGAAAACGUAAACGUGGUAAAGUUUAUUUACAUUCAAUCAAUCGUAAAAAAUUAUGGAUAAAAGAAAAAAAGAAACGUGAAGUACAUGUACGUAAUUUUCCAUUGAUAAGUUCAAAUUGGGAAACAAAAUUAUCAGUACCAACAAAUUAUCAUGAAUUUGCACUUGCUCAUGAUAUAAACAAAACUUUUCCCAUAUCUAAAACAAUAGAUAUGAUUAAUCCAAAAAUUGUUGAAAGACAUAUCAAACGAAAACAAGAACAUCUUGAUGAUGAUGGUGAUGAUGAUGAAGAUAAUAUACCAUCAAUAGCAAUGAUUGAUUCAUCAACAAAGAAGAAAAGACGUCGACCAACUAAAGUUCAUAUUCGUGAUGAACUUGAAAAAGAUGCAAAUGCAGAACGUGUUAAAUCAUUGAGAAUAUCCGAUCCAGAGCGAUUAUUUUGUAUUUAUAUGAUUGAAAAACAUGGUACAAAUUAUGAUGCAAUGGCUCGUGAUCAUCACAAUGAUUAUCAACUAACAGCACGACAAUUGGAAAGAAAAGUUGAAAAAUUUCAAAAGAUUCCUAAAGUUUACCAACGUUAUUUAGCUGAAAAAGCUGAAGGAAGAAAUUUUUUAGCUGAAUUUCAAAUGAACGAUUAA